UUUUACUGAAAACAACAUUCAAAUUAAAACUUACGUUGGUACGUCACUGUCAAAAUUGUGGUCGCAAAAAUAUGGUGCAAAAUUGGUGUAUUGUCCACCGCGCAUCCUGUUCGCCGUGGCCCUAGGACGCGCAGCGGUGGAGUCGAGGGGGGCCCGCGGCCGCGGCCCCAUGUGGCCACUGCUGCUGAUAGCAGCCGCUGCGGCACUUGUGCAGGGGGCGCAAUACGGAGACUACGGGGCGGUAAAAAUGCCCGCGUACGGCGAUUAUGACAUCGCCCGUGAUCCGCCGCGCGACUCGCCGCGCGACUCGCCACACGACGCGCCGCGCGACCACCUGACUGACGCCUCCCCCUCUCAGGACUACAAGGACGACCUCGAUAAGGUUACUCAAAAGCGAUUGAGUAAAGACUAUGGAAGUGGAAAUUCGUGGCAGAAACCUUCUCGAAAGCAAUACAGACGAGCUCGGGACGAGGAGGACUAUUCUGAUGCUCAGAGCAGGAACAGAGGCAGUGGCGACAGGAGACACAGGGACGACCUCGAAAGAUCUGUGAGGGAUGACAUACCGAGAGAUACGAGAGCGAGGGUAAAGCAUAAGAGAGAACAACACGACGACGAUGAAUUUUCUAUUGAAAAGUACAUUCAAGGUAUAAAUGAGAAUAAUUUGGAAGUAGACGCGCGUGGCAGAAAAAGUACUGAGGUGAUUGUUCGACGUAAGACCCGCGAUCGAGAUUUGGGGAAGACAGAGGCUCCGUUCAAGGAUGAUGACUUUGACGAAGAGUUGAGGAUAGGGUCAAACCGCCCACGAAGCUGGGUUCCGAAACCUUCGAAAGAGAUAGAGGGGCCGUUGGCAGAUAUACCGACAGAUAGCGAGGAGUUCAUGCCGCGGUCGGAAGGUCGAGACUUGGAUGUGUUGCCGAUAGAGGAGAUGCGGCGGCAGCCUCUGGGGCCGAGUCGCGGGCGCGGGAUGCCCGACGAGAUGGCAGGGCGCAGGCGCCUUGGAUCCGAAGAUAUGGCAGGACGCGAGCUCGGCCUUGGAAAUUCGGAUGAGAUGGCGGGGCGUGGGCGCGGAGGAUCCGGGGAGCAGGCGGGCCGUGGGCGCGGAGGGCUCGACGAGCCGCCGCGCCUGCGUCCCGCGCAGCGCGCGCGCCUCGACCCAGGCUCCGGCAGCGAGUCCAGCGACUACGAGUACUACGAUCUUAAGAGACUCCAAAACAAAAAACCCUCCUACAGUCGUCCAGAAGCGCGUGAGGAUGACUGGGAGCCGAGUGACGUGGAUGAAUUACGGAGACUAGAGAACCGGCGGCUCAUGGAUUCGGCCAAGCGCAGGAGCAGUACUACUCGGCACACGCGCAGGUCUACCACUACCACCACUAGAACCACCACCAAAACCAUUACCAAAACCAACGCCACCAGAACCACCACUACAACUACCACGCCGACUAAAACCACAGUCGUGACCACCUCCUCUGAGCCCACACUUACUCCUGGCGCAGGAGAUGAACUAUCUCUUGCUGAAAAGUCGCGUCUAUCGAUCUUGAAGAAAGUUGGUCAGAAAGAGAGGCAGAAAGGUGGGCCAUUAACUACGAAGCCACCAGUUUUGUUGCAAGUAACGAAUAAUCUACCGACUGUGGUUUUAGUAGAGAAGACGACGUCGGGAGACCCGUGGUUGCGCGCGCGCGAGGUACAAGAUGAAUCGCCGGAGAAUUUGUCGCGCGUGCGAGCUCUCAUGAGGAGCAAGUUGGUGGCUAAUGCGAAAGAUAUCCGCGAAUUGGCGGAGGACUGGGACCAAAUGGUCUGCGACUAUGUGGAUGUCGGGCUGCUGGAGAACAAAGCAGUAACUUUCGGCACAUACAUUACAUUAGACGUGAUGCUUUUUCUUACAUGGAUUUGGUUGGUCUUUUGAACUUAUUUGUGACUUGAAUAUUGGAUGUGUAUUUUGUAAGAAUUUAUUGUAUUUAUUUAUUAAAAAUAUUGGA